AUGCAUUCAGUCCAGGUAGGGAUGUGGGACCCCCGGCUCCCGUCUAAACAUGGCUCGCCCCUCGCCUCACCUACCCCCUCCGACGUGCGCCCCCCCCACGUGACCACACACUGCCCGGCGAAGCGGAUCACCUUCUACAAAAGCGGCGACAGCCAGUUCGGGGGGGUCAGGAUGGCCGUCCACAAGCGCAGCUUCAAAUGCUUCGACGCCCUGCUGGACGACCUUUCCCAAAAGGUGCCCCUUCCGUUUGGCGUGCGGACCGUGACCACUCCCCGUGGCACCAACACCAUCCAACACCUGGAGCAGCUGCAGGACGGCGGCUGCUACCUGUGCUCCGACCGGCGCCAGGCGAAGCCCAUCAACAUGGAGCUGGCAGGCAAGCGCCCGAGCGUCUGGUCCCACCACAACCGCAGACCCCAGCGGCCCGAGAGCUCGUCGGCGACGCCCCCCAACCACCUGGCCUACAGGCAGCGGCGGGUCCUGCUGGUGAAGAACAGCGAGCCGGGCGUGAGGAGGAGCGUGGUGCUGAGCCGGAGGUCGACCCGGAGCCUCGGGGCCUUUCUGGAUGAAGCGUCGGAGCUGAUGCAGUUUCACGUUCGCAAGCUCUACACCGCAGAGGGACGCAAGGUCGACACCGUGCAGAACCUGAUGACCUGCCCCCCCGUGUUGGUGUGCGUCGGCCGGGAAGCGUUCAGUCCCGUGCUGGCCAACUUCAUCAAGAAGAACUCGGAGGAGAAGCUGCCUGGUCUGGACAGCAGGUCUCCAGGACUCGGUCCCAGGACUCCAGGGAACGGGCCCAGAUCUCCUGCCGUUCAGGGAGCGAGAUCCCCCCCCCAUGGAGCUCAGUCCAGAGCCAGCGAGUACAGCGAAGGACACGAGAGCAAGAAAAAUGUGAACUUCGGUCUGGAAACCAAGAAGAGCAUCAUCCACCCUCGGUCUGACUCCUCAAACCGCUCCAGACAUCUCUCCAUGUCUUCAGAGAAGUCGUACGGGAACGGCGUCAGCUCCUACUCCCAGGCCCGGCCGGCCAUCAUGAACGAUGACAUUGAAAAGCGUGUGCUCGUGAAUAAAGACGGCAGCCUCUCGGUGGAGAUGAGGGUUCGCUUCCGCCUCCACAACGACGAGACCGUCCACUGGUCCACGCAGAUUAAAAAAUCCCCAUCUCUGACCAAUGACUGUUCCCCCCUGAGCCAGGGCCAGCCCCACUACCUGCACAAUGGCCAAUCGGAGAGCUGCUCCGAUCCUGAUUCCAUGUCAUUCGACCCGGAGGUCGUGGAGUACUCCAGCCGACCUGUGCAGCGUGCAUUGGAAGCAAACCACUGCCCUUGCUGUUACCAGCGACCGGAGCAGCACUACGACUUGUGGGAGAAUCCCGCGCACAGUCGCACACAGCCUCUGGUCCCGCCCCCACAUCCACACACCUCCAGCCACACCAGGAGGAGACACACAAACUCCUCGAGCUCGUCUUCUUCCUGUAAUUCCAGGAGAGUGGUGCACCGCCGGGCUCAGGUCUCCAGCUGCGGAGGCGGCUCAGGCUCAGAGCAGAGCCAGCUGAUCCAGGAGGAGAUGUGUGUGACGGAGCAGGUGGAACACACAGUACAGGUGGAGCAGGACGGAGACAAACACGUGGAGGUUUGCAGGGUGAGCCGGUGCCACAGCCGCAGCGAGGUGGUCACCAGAGACAGCAACCAUCGACCUCUCAGCAGCAAGUCAGGGGAGGAAGAGGAGAUGAUCGAGGAAGAGCAGGAGCGUCCGCAGUCUGCCGUCAGCUGCUCCUCACAUGUCCUGCAGUCAUUUCAGGAGGAUCAGGAUGAGGAGGAGGAGGAGGAGGACCUGCCACCCAGCGCCUCACGGUGCCAUCACAGCGAUGAACCAUCACCGACUCCAUCAAGCAAAAUCUCAACAGUCAAAAAGCACAAGGACGGAGAAGAGAGAGCGAGCAGCGCCGUGUCUGCAGCUUCCUCCUGUCGCUGUGGAUCCGUCACGCAACCUCCAGCAGCUGAAGCAGAGGAGAUGGAUCGCGCCCACAGCUCCCAGUCCAAAGUGAGCAGAGCCUCUUGCAGGUCAGGACUUUCAACAGGCUCUAAGAAAUCACGGGCAUCCACUUUGUGCCCGGACUGUGGCGGCUGCAAACAAGGAGCCACUUCAAACCCGGCUUCACCUCAACACAAGCAGGAGAACGGCACCAGCGACAGUAAUGAUGACACCUCAGAGGAUUCAGCCGGGUCAACACAAUCCAACAAGUCCAACCUCACCCACUGUGGCCGCAACUCUGCAGAAUCAAACGUCUUGGAGGGCAGAGCAUCUAGUGCCGUGUCCAGAGCAUCCAACCCUGAAGGAAGAGAAGAAGAAAGGGCUCCGAGUGCCAUCUCAGCAACAAGCCACAGGUCCAAUAGGUCACACAGGUCUGGUUGUAAUGGUGCCACUGGUACCACAGUGGACAAAGAGGAGGGGAGGAGCCUCAGCAACAUGUCUGCCAGGUCCAGGAAGUCUAAAACACCUGACACGGGAACCAGAGAGGAAGCCGAGGGAGAAAAUGACGGAGAGAGAGCAAUCAGCUCCUUGUCAGUGAAAUCAGGUGUUUCGGCAAAGACCGGCACUUCAGUGAGAUCUCACAAGUCCAACUGUCCAUUAAAAAGUAACGCUGCCUCCCCAACUGACAAUACAGCCGUCGAAGAGGAGGAGACACAAAACAAAUCUCCCAGUAGCCUUUCUGAAAGACCCCAUAGUGCCCUGUCAGCGAAAUCAAAUGCAACAGCAAAGUCGAGCGCUUCUCACAGGUCCGCGUGCAGUCGCUGUUCAAAAGUUAAAUCUCCAGGUGCAGAGGAAGCAACAAGACAGGAAGAAGGAACAGACGGGCAGAACAGAACAGCGAGUGCCAUGUCAGUCAAGUCUAAUCUGUCAGUCAAGUCCAAUAAUUCCCAUAAGUCCACCAAAGCUUCGGAGAGGUCACUUUCGCCCAGGUCGCAGGCUCAGGUCAGGCCAGCAAGUCAAAGGUCUGCCAGAUCAGGGAAGUCAACAAACGGGUCUGUAAGGUCCUCGAAGUCACGCAAGUCUAACUGCGAAGGAAAUGAAACUGAGGAAUGUCCGAGCUCAAAGGUAGAAGAGGAACCCGAGGAGAAAGAAGGGGAGAUGGUAGAAGAAGAAACACAACACGAGCCAGAAAGAGCAGCGAGCGCCCGGUCCACAGUGUCUCAUAGAUCCAAAAUAUCCAAUAAGAAUACAGGAGAUGAUGAAAAUGCUAAUGAGCGGCCUGCCAGUGUUUUAUCUGGUAAGUCCGCUCUCUCUGAGAAGUCCCACCAUUCGAAGACAGACGUGGACAGAAGUCCUAGUGCCGCGUCGGGGAAGUCCAGGAAGUCCAAGUGCUCUGCAGCUUCUCCAGAUGGAGACGAGCAGCCAACUGAAGCCGAAGAGCGGGUUCUCAGCGCCAUGUCUGUCAGGUCCAAAUCGUCAGCGCGGUCCAACGUCAAAUCAGCGUCACCGAGUCCAAAUGCUGCUACCAUCAACUCGGCAGAGGAGGUUGAGGAAGAAGGAAACGAGACGACAGAGAGAGCUCCAAGCGCUGCGUCAGCUAAAUCUGGAAAAUCCAAUGUUUCAUCCAAUCAUAAAGGAUCCAAAGCUCCAGCCGCACCCGGCAGUCGUCAAUCCUCUGCACGACAGUUGGUGCCUGGCCGAGGUCCGAGUGCUUUGUCGGUUCGCUCCGCUACCUCGGCUAAAUCUGACCGGUCCAAAUGUCGCUGUGGAGCCGCUUCAGGGGAGGAUGAGAAGGAGGGAAAUAAGGAGGAGGCUACUGAACAGGCUGCGAGCGUCUUAUCCUCCUCUUCCAAGAGACAGAGGAGGGAUUCAGGAGGAACCGAGCAGGCGUUGAGUCGAUGCUCAUCAGGCUCAGUCUCUCUCGGGUUGCCCGAAGACCAAGAAGCCGCUGAUUCAGACAGUGGGAAGUCCAGUUUUUCAUUUUGCACAAACACUGAGAGUAAAGGCCGAAAUAAAAGCACUUUGUCUCACAAUCCUCCAGCAGUCGAUAUCCCCACGAUCAAAACUCCAGGAGGGGGUGAUGGUCGAGAUGAAGAAGACGGUGGAGGGCAAAACACAGAAAGAGCAGCCAGUGCAAUUUCAGCCAAAAGCGGCAGAUCCCACAAGUCCUCACGGAGCUGUAGCGCCAAGGUGACAGAAAAUAACCUUCAAACGGAGAGUGAUUCAAAAACUAGAAAUCUGAGCGCCCACAACAACAACAGAACCUCGUCUUCAAUGUCAUCAUCAAGUGCUAAAGUUCGGAACAAAUCCCCUGCAAGUGCCAAUGUAGCAAAAACCCCGGUUGGAGAUUCAUCAGGUAACGACCCUGGAAACAUCAGUGAGGUCAAAGGGCAAGAGGACGUUGCAGCCAGUGUUCACUCCAAGAGUCCGUGUUGCCUCAGGCCUGAAUCUGCAGCUUCGGCUCAAUCUGGGUCCAAAACCAAAGUCAGAUCAGUCAAAGGCCGUGAGUCCAGAUCUAAAGCAGGAAGCGACGUGGAGACACUUGUGAACUCCUCGGACCCCUGUCCCCUGCAUGAGUCCAGACCGGGCAGCAAAGUGGAGAGUGAGACCCCCCUGUCUCACUCUCUGUCCGCGGCCGACCUGCUGAAGGAAACCAUGGCUGAGUGUCUGCACAGGCCAGAGUCGAAGGCCAGCCGAACCAGUGACAGAACAGGGGGAGAGAAAAGCCCGAAGAGUCAGAGGAAAAGGAACCAGAAGGAUAAAAAGCCCGACCUCACACCGGCCUCUCUGCCCAACGCUUCCCCCAACGAGGUCGUGAACGACUGGCUGAGGAGCAUUCCUGCCAACAGCAGCAUGCUGGCCCUGGGCGACGAGCUGGAAGAGGGGGAGCAGGAGGCAGAGGAGAAACCUGGAGAGGAGGAGGUGGCGCAGGUGGUGGAGAGUCCUGAAGAAGAUAAAGUGGAGGAGGAGGAGGAGAUGGUUGAGGCUGAGGAGGGAGCAGAGAAAGAGGGAGAAGCUAAAUGUGACACGGCAGAGGAGGAGCAGAAGUCAGAUCCAGCUCCGGGUGAUGAAACUUGCCCGACUCAGCUGGUAAGUGCUGAGUCGCUGCCCAGGAACCUGCAUCCGUCUGUGGCUGUGAUGAAGGUUCUUCUGAGUUCCUCUCUGGGCCGAUGCCGAAGUUUGCCAGAGGUGUCUCCAGUUUACGGCCGUCGCCUGAGCACGUCAGCCAGAGGCUUCCUGGAUUGUUUGGCUCAGCUCCAGCUCAUCGAGCCGGCACUGAGCCCCGGUUGUGACCUGCAGAAAAACCCGAACCACCAGUAUGAAGAGAUCAUGACCAUCCUCCAGUCGCUCUGGCUCACUGGGCCCAGUGACGCUGAGGUCAAGAAGGUCAAGGACAUCUGCAAGGAGCAGGUGACUCCUCCGAGGUCCUCAUCCGGGGUGGGAAUGAGCAGUGGCUCCGGCGGGUCGGGGAAGGAGAAUGGAAAUAAAGACGGACACGAAACACCUCCAAAGGAGAUUGAAUCUUUACCAGAGGUGCAGGUGCCGAGUGAAGAUCAAAGUACACUCCUUCAAAGUCUGGACAGCCCGAAGGCCACGGAGAACCCGUCCUCCUCGGACAAGAGCUCCGCCAACGACAGCUCCAAAUCCCCCACGGACAACGAGCAGGAGCCGCUGGACGACACCAGCUCAGGAACACCUUCGACUGUCCUGCGAGCGCCUCUGUCCGAAAAACUGUCCCAAGACCCCGACCCAGUCUGGGUCCUGCACCUUCUGAAGAAGCUGGAGAAACAGUUCAUAAACCACUACAUCAACGCCAUGGCGGAGUUCAAAGUCCGCUGGGACCUGGACGACAGCCUCAUGCUGGACACCAUGAUGUCUGAGCUCAAGGAGGAGGUGAGCAGACGCAUCCAGAGCAGCAUCGAACGCGAGAUAAGGAAGAUCAAGGGCCGAGCGGGCAGGGGGGGACGGUCGCCCCGGCCCCCCCAGAGAGCCAACCUCUCCAGGGAGUCCACCGUGACGGAGAAGAGGCGUCGCAUUUUAAAGGUCAUGAAGAACCAAUCCGUGAAGACCACCGACUCCCUCAGUGAUGGAGAGAUGGAGGAUUUCAGUGACCAGCGAAGUGAUGACGAGUACUGCCCCUGCGAUGCUUGUGUCCGCAAGAAAAUGGACGCCCGGCCGAUCAAGGCGAACCCAAUUGCGGCCGACGUACCAGUGAUGAUGGAGUUUGACCUUCUUAAGAUACUUCAGCGGAAGAAAAGCCCAGAGCCUCCUGCGCCUGUAGCCGUGCAGCAGUCUGAGGAGGUGGAAGGCGAGGAGGGGAGGAGUUUGGAGGUUUUGCAGGAGGAAGAGGAGGAGGAGGAGGAGGAGGAGGAGGAGGAAACAAAAGAGGACAUUAAAGCGAAGUUUGUUUUAGAGGAGAUGAUCCCAGAGGAGGACGAGGAAGAAGGUGAAGGUCAGACUGAAGAAGAGGAGAAGGUAGAAAAGGAGGAAAAUAGUGAAGAUGAUAAGGAGCAGGAAGAGGGAGAGAAAGAAGGUGAGGAAACAGGAGAAGAGGGGGCAACAGGAAAUGAAGAGGAGGAGGAAGAGGGUGAGGCAGAAUGCCAAUGUCAGUGUGACAGAAAUGAGGAGGAGAGUGACAAGGCUGAAGAGGAAGAGGAGGCUGAGGAAACUUGCGACAACACAGGGGAAGAGGAGGCGGAAGACGAUGAGGGGGACGAAGAGGACGAGACAGGAACUGGGGAGGAGGAGAGUGACCUGGAGACGGUUAAAGAAGCACCAGUAGGUAAAGGAGAGACCACUGAGGGUCAGGAGGAGGAAGAGGAGGAGGAGGAGGAGGAAACGACAGGAAAGGAAAAUGGAGAAGAGGAGGCAGAGGGUGAAGAUGUCGGGGAUGAUGGGGGCAAAGAGGAGGAGUCACACGAAGAGGGAGAGGGAGGAGAAAGUGAGGAGCAGGAAGGACCCCCCCCACAGGAGGCCGGCGCUGAAGACUCAGACACAGACAAGAAAAGCCUGAGCGACACCAGUGUGGAUGAAGUUGUUGCUGGUGACGAGGAAGAGAAAGAGGUGGGAGGAGGAGACGCAGAGGAAGAGUUCAAGCCCGAGGAAGUGGAAGAGGAGGAGGAAGUGAACGGCAGUAGAAAGGAGGAGGGUGCUCUCCUCCAUCAGUUCACCAGGACGUCUAUGGAGUCCCAGCCCGGCUCCUUGGAGGACAUCCACACGGAUCCAGCACCUGUCAGCACCAUAGAAGUGCCCAAGAUGGGGUCCACUGGGGGGGGUGCGAGCCCGAAGAGGAGCCGGUCGCCGGGCAGGGUCAAAUGUCGCAAACCCAAAGACCGAGAUAUGGACCAGGAUGAUUAUUAA